GACUUCAUUCUCUAUGUCUUACGAUAUUUACUGCAUCAACUUCUAUGAUAAUGGCCUAACUGCCGUGCGUAAUGAGUAUGUAAACCAAAUAAAGCUAGGUCUACGACGGUUCCUCUUUGUUAUCGAUUUGGAUAGUGAGAUCCAACGGGCAUUUCAUACCAAUGAGGUGAACAACCGCUCGUCUAAGAUUAAGAAGACAGGUAAGUCGUCGAAUUUAGACCCUUUGCCGACGGAUCCUAUUGCAUUGACACUGUUGCAAAUACAGAAUUGCUUGGAUGAAUACGAAUAUGUGACCAGAAGGAUUGAUGCAGAGAAUAGCUUCAAUUUGCUUAGAUAUUAUCAAAGACAUGUUCCCGCCGAUCUCAAGUUUAAGUUUGUCGAAUCCAAAAAAGACAAGACCGGCAUGGAAUCAAAGCGACCACCAAAAAGCAAAGAUACAACCGAUACUCUUACAAGGAACAAAAUUGUGUGCUUUGGCGUCACAUCCAAAGAGCAUAAUAAGGUUGGCAAAGGACAUCCUCUAUCCAAACGUGCGUACAUUAAGGACCAACCAUCAACUACUUCAAUUCUUAUUCUUAUAAUUGGCACUCUAGACAAUGAGUUCUAUAAGUCUCUGAUAUCAUAUAAUCAGCCUCUGCGUGGGAUUAUCCACUUUCUUCCCGAGGAGAGUGCCUAUGAUAUUUUGGUGCCACGUCCACGUCGCCUCAAGGAACUUCGGGAAACUAUUGAGAAUAUCAAACGGGAUAUACACUCGCUGCGAAAAUGUUCCGCAUCUAAGCCAAUGGGCAUCUUUCAACAGCAGCUUCCCCAGAUGUCCAUGUGUCAAACGACCAAAUAUGCUAGCGAAGUUUUUGACCAAUUAAGCUGGUUCAUCUACGAUGUGCAAACACUGAGAGAGCAUUACGAUGAAUACUAUGUAAAACCCUAUAUGGAGAUCGAUAUCAAGAUGAGCCCGGGAACGAAUGUGCAGGAAAGCUUCCACUUGGCGGAAUCGUUAAGCAUUGAGGGGCACUAUCUAAAUCACGAGGUACCUGCAGUAGAUAACGAUGAUGCAACAGUCUAUCUAUAUUUGGAGUCACUGAUGAAAACAUUUGGCAAUCCAAAAGAGCUGAUGACUGAGGUGGAGGUGUUGCUCCUGGCUAAUCCAUCAUCGUUGGUGCAAACGCGUGUGUUGGACAAGAUUAAGGUCUAUGCAAAUGCAUUCAAGAGCAUAAUUAAACUCUACAAGAGUGAGCGUCUGUUUGUUGAGCAAGCCAAUCCAUUGCUAAUCAGCAUUAUAUCCUAUAUGGAUCAGAAACUAAUGAGGAACAUCUACCACGCAUGCCUCGAAUACAACUUACUCCGUCGAUAUUUCUGUACAGGGUAUUCUGUAGAUAACCUACCGUAUGUGCCUUUCACCAAUGAGGUGGAACCCCGAUAUUUGCCCAAGUACGCAAAGCUAUAUUUAACCGACGAUUCUGUUACCCAGCGAAUUAUUCAGUUAGUCGAUGAGUUUGAGAACUAUAAGAUUGAGGAAAUCCAGCCAAAUAUAAAGCUCUACACAUUUAGGCGGUGUCUUCACGAAGUCUUUGAAAACCAGAAAGAAAUUGUUAUACCGACUAGAUUAUGCUUCCGAGAUUUUACGCUUUAUGAAAUGCAAGAUUUUCUUAAGGACUUGGUAACAACCGAAAUGUUUGAUAGCACUAUCAAUGAUUUAAAGGUGGAUCCGGCAUCUGAUUAUCCAAGUAUUUUUACAAUAAGCGAUACUAUUGUUCCAAGUCCAUUUAAUUGCCAAAGUAAAAAACGAUAUGUAAUUACUCCAAGUAUCUUUAUUCGUCCCAAAUCUCUGAAAGCGAAUAAGGUGGCUGAUCAGAUCAGGGAGAAGGAGAAAGUCGACAGGCUAUCGGAAAGGCAAUCCGCAAGAACGACAAAAUUACGCCGGGAAAGUUUACGGGGCUCGAAUAACAAGGACCUGACACAACAAUCUUCAUCUUUUUUAAAAGGAGAAAAUGUAUCAGGUAAGCAACAACACUCAUUUAUUGGACUGGGCCCAGAUCAUCCACUGCUAAAGGGUUAUAAUCUGGACGACACACGUCAAACCAUCAAAGUGAAGACCUCAAAGUAUCAUUUUGAAGAGGGUUUAAUGACGCUUUAUCAGGAGAAAUGGAAUUUUCGGCAAAUGAAUAAAUAUAUGACUGUUGAAAUAGACAAACAUAUUAUCCAUCUGACAAAUGAACGAGGAGAUAUGAACAAAAUAUCUAACAAUAUACGUAUACAGACACCAAGUGGUAUUCAAUUGAGGAUAAGGCCUAACAACGACGAAUGUGCCAAGGCGGUACUCAACUAUCCUAAUGGCCUGACUCUCUACUGCCACGAUACCCACUCCGAACACCUAUGGUCGGGAUCCCAAAGUGAGCUGAACGAAAGGCGUCGCAUCUGUACGCCAUAUGGAUGCGUUAUAGUCUUUUAUAAUAGCAAUGAUACUGUGCUUAUCAUGAGAUACAAUGGGGAGGUCUAUAGGCUAUAUAGCUGUGAAGAUGUUAUGGAGGAGGAGGAGGAUGGAGAAAUGGAAGAAACAUCCGAGUUUAUUAAUGCCUGCUCAACUCAAUCGACAUACAGUAGCUAUAAACCUUUGAUUGUGGAUCGCGAGUCAGCCACAAAGCAACGAAAAAGAAAAUUCAAAACUCCUUCCACUAAUCGCGAAUCGGGUGGAACUGACAAGAAAGCUAAGAAAACAUCGCAGUUGGGUAGUCGCUCUACAUCUUCGCAAACUCUGGCUGUCAGAGCAGCCAAGGCCCAAGCCCGUGAAAUGAAACUUAAUCAAACGGCUGCCCUUUUUGCCAGUAUCGAUAACGAGCUAAAGUACUUGGAAUUCAUCAUGGGACUCUUCAAUAUUAGCUAUGUGCACUUAAAGCUAACCACAUCCCUCGGCAGCGUUGUGCACGUGGAAAGGCAGGAUAAGAUAUACUGUGCCAAGCCAAUCCGUGUCACCGAGUGGCAUGAUUACUACGCUAAUGAGAGCUAUGCUAUGCGUGACGAUGGUGUCCGUAUGGUCUGGACCCAGGAUACUCUAAAGUGUUAUCAUUCCGAUGGCACUGUUAUCAAUACAGCCACAGUUGGUGGCAUAGAUGUAGGUGUGAUGGAGGAUGAUAUUGACAUACAAAUAAGUUCGAGUAGCUCGCAUGAGCCAAAUUUUAGUGAAGAGGGUUCCGUAUCCCUCCAAUCGGAUGAAAUCUUUAUUAAUAUGCAAGAUCAAUCAGUUAAUGACUAUGGAUCUAAGAUUAAGAACAUUGGGCUUGAUGAAUUUUUGGCUGAAGACGAGGUCGAAGAUCAACAAAUCUAUGAUUACAGCUUCGUUACCUAUACUCCAAAUACCUUUAUGAUGCAACAUAGGUCUUACGCAGGCAUUCAGUUUAAUUUUACCAAUAUCAGUGAGAUGGAAACAAAGGUUUUGGCCGCUGGUAAUUUUCAGUUUCGUAUUUAUCCUUUCCACAACGCAAUAAAUAAUGGAGAUAAAUUAAAUGAGAAGCUUAUCAACGAUGUUCUUCAAGAACCCUUGUCAUCAGAGGCCGACCCAGAUGAGUGGACACGGUUUGUAGAACCCAAAUCCCCUCCAAGGAUUUCGUCUCAUUUAAGUCACGGUGUUGAAGUCGAGGCAUCCAAUCUACAUGUAUCACUGAAGGGGUAUCAAUUGGAGCUGCAUGCACAACUUAAAAAAUUUGGAUGUGAUGAAAAUGAAUCUUUAGUCCGCGACAACAUUGAACUAAAAUUGAACUUAAAUCAAAAUUUGAGUAUUGCCUUUCGCAAUUGGGUCGAAGCAUUCCAUCAAUUUAUCAACUGUGCCUGUCCAAAAUGGAAAACUACUUUCUUUAUAGAGUCCCUCACUGAUGAUUGCCGUAAGAAGGGUCUAGAACUUUUUAAAACUAUACCCACCCUUGGAGAAUAUAAUUUUUGUGCUGGAAACUAUUACAUUGAUCCAGAGGAAUUGAAGUCUACCCAAACCCGUGUGAUAAACAAUUUUAUAUGGUACGAAGAGGAUAUGGAAAAGUUUCCCCGUUUUCCAAUGCAGAAGAAAGUCCCAAAAACAGUUGAAUUUCCUACAGUUUUAACUACGAAGAUAUAUGUGGAGAUACCCGCACAGUUGGCAUACACAGAUCGCAUUCAUUUGUUCUUAAAUCCGUUCGACAAAAUUAAGUUUAGAAAGUUAAAACAUCGUUUCAAUGAGGCUGUUCUCUUCCAUUUAUAUCCGCACCUGCGCGAUCUUGUGAAGCAGGAGAUUAGCAAACGUAGCUGGCGCAAUCACCAUCUGAUAAACAAGCGUCGCUUGUUUAUGGAACAGCAGCGUCUUAGUCUUUAUGUAGCCAUGCUAAAGCAUAAAGUCUAUCCCAAUUAUUUCCAGUUUAAGGAUCACUUUUAUAGCCAUGUGCGUAACAUUGAUUUCUUCGAGUUCAUGUCCUCCAAGUGCAAUGAAAAAGACAACCCGGAUAAGUACAAUGCUGAUAAGUAUAAGAACGACGAAGGGCCUAAACAGAAAGUUAGGACAAGCACCGAGCAAAAGAAACACCGUAAGAAGUGUCCAUGUCCUAAAUACAUUAAAUCCCUUCAAUAGUUAAUUUUCAUUAAUAUACAACGUAUAAAUUAAAAAGGCAUUUUGAGAACUGCAAAAA